GAAAGAUUGAUGCAUGGAUCUUUUGGCUACAGUAACAACUUAUCUCUCGGCAUAGAAAAAAUGGCGCAAGACGACGACCUUAUUCAUACGCUCUCUGACGACGACGUCUCCGACGAGGAAUUCGAGGAUGCGCCCGAGUCACCGCCUCCUUCAACCUCAGCAAAGGCACAAGAUAAGAAGCGAAAGCGCGAAACGAAAGAGCCAGCUAUUCCUAUCAAGAAGCAAAAGGAAGACAAAGAUGAGGAUCUCGACUCGGAAUUUGAAUUCGGACUAGAGGACCAAGCAGGGAUCACGGAAGAUCUGGACAACUGGGCCCUGAACGAUGGUGCAGCGGCCACGAGCACCGGCGCGGACAUUGAAUCGAUCAUUGCCCGUCGACGGGCGAAAAAUGGAGCGAAUGAAAAGAAGCAGCAGGCAGAAUCAGAGGAUUCAGAAGACUCCGAAGAGGAUGCCGACCUCGACGAGGAUGACGUAGACCUCAGUGAGGACGAGCAGCUUGAAGGAGACGAAGACGAGGAGGAGGACGAAGAUGUCGAUGACGAUCAAGAGGAGGAGGACGACGCGGGCGAUGAGGAAGAAGAAGAGAAUGUCGUGGCACGACCUGUUGCUCACCCGGAUGAUGUGGCUUCAGAUGCAGGUUCGGAUGAGGAUGGAGAGGACGCAAUUGAGACAGAAAAGCGCAAUGCUUUCUUCGAAGCAGACACCGGCGCCAAACAAAGCAUAUCGACAGCGUUUCAUGCCAUGCAUCUGUCUCGUCCUAUCCUCAAAGGUCUCGCUGCGGUGGGCUUCGACAAACCAACACCAAUUCAAGCAAAGACAAUUCCUGUCGCGCUCGAGGGCAAAGAUCUCGUCGGAGGUGCUGUGACCGGUUCAGGAAAGACUGGCGCUUUCCUCAUUCCGAUCCUGGAGCGUCUCUUGUUCCGUCCUAAGCGAACAGCGACCACCCGCGUUGUCAUCCUCAUGCCCACUCGUGAAUUGGCUCUUCAGUGUUUCAAUGUGGCGAAGAAACUGGCCAGCUUCACAGACAUCACGUUUGGACAAGCAAUCGGUGGUCUCAACUCUCGCGAGCAGGAGAAGCAAUUGAAGUUGCGACCCGACAUCGUCAUUGCAACACCCGGUCGUUUCAUCGAUUUGGAACGUAACUCCGCAUCCUUCGUGGUCAACACCAUUGAGAUUCUGGUACUGGACGAAGCCGAUCGCAUGCUUGAGGAGGGUUUCGCAGACGAGCUGAACGAGAUCCUCUCUAAGAUCCCUAAAAGCCGGCAAACUAUGCUCUUCUCUGCCACCAUGACUUCAAAAGUUGACGACCUCAUUCGAGUUGGUCUGCAAAGACCCGUCAGGCUCCUGGUCGACGCGCAACGGCAGACUGUAUCCGGUUUGGUGCAAGAAUUCGUGCGCCUGCGACCUGGACGCGAGCAGAAACGUCUUGCCUACCUCAUGCAUCUGUGCGAAAAGAUUUACACGGAUCGCGCGAUCAUUUUCUUCCGACAGAAGAAAGAAGCACAUCGCGUUCGUGUAAUCUUCGCCCUGUGCGGCCUCAAAGCUGCCGAACUACACGGAAGCAUGUCACAAGAGCAACGUAUCAAUGCCAUCGAAGCCUUCCGCACAGGAACGGCCUCUUUCCUCCUCGCCACAGAUCUCGCCUCGCGUGGUUUAGAUAUCAAGGGUAUCGAGACAGUCAUCAACUACGAAGCACCUCAAACCCACGAAAUCUAUCUCCAUCGUGUCGGACGUACCGCCCGUGCCGGACGAACGGGUCGCUCAUGCACUCUCGCCGCCGAGCCAGACCGCAAAGUCGUCAAAGCCGCCGUCAAGACCGGCAAAGCUCAAGGCGCCCAAAUCCGGCAACGCACCAUCGACGGCGGCGAGAUUGACUCUUGGCACACUCGUCUCGAAGACCUCGAGUCCGAAGUCGAAGCCGUUCUCCGCGAGGAGAAAGAAGAGCGUGUCCUCCAACAAGUCGACCGCGAUCUCAACCGCGCGGACAACAUCGUCAAGUACGAGGACGAAAUCAAAGCUCGACCCAAGAAGACAUGGUUCGAGGGCCAAAAGGACAAACUCGCCGCGCGGGAGAAGGGUGGUGUUGCUCUCAACGGUCCGGCGUCGGGCGAUGCCGAUGGGAAACCCAAAGGCGAUAAGAAGAAAAAAUUGAGUAAUAAGGAAAGGAAGAAGUUGGAAGCAACAGAUGAGCGCAAAGCGGGCAGAGAGUGGAAGAAGGGCAAGUCGGAGAGGUUAAGUGGUGGAAAGAUCGUUAAGCCUGGAAAGGGAGGCAAGGGAAAGCCAACAGCGAGGCCGGGAGCAAGGCCGGGAGCAAGGCCGGGAGCAAGGCCGGGAGCAAAGGGCAAACCGAGACCUCGACGAUAAGUAGUUGCAGACAGCUUAAUGAUGAGGCAGCUAUGUGCGACAACAUCAAGAUAUGACGACUGAAACUUGCAUUACUGUCGUACGGUUGUGACAUCGAAAUGCUUACACAUGAUCAUUCUCUCGAUUCUCAUCUUACAUUAUUGCACAAGUGUAGCAAAUACAUCGCUGCUGGGGUAACGAAACGUG